CAGGAAACAGAAACAGUUCAGUUCAGAGAAAGUGAAACUGAAGUGCAGUUGAGCUGUUGUGUGUUUGUGUCUCUGUAUUCAUGCAGUAAAAUGGCAGAAGCCAGAAUUUCUCAGGAUGAAUUCAAGUGUCCAGUGUGUCUGGAUCUCCUGAAGGAUCCAGUGACCAUUCCCUGUGGACACAGUUACUGUAAGAGCUGUAUUACAGACUGCUGGGAUCAGGAGGAUCAGAAGAGAGUCUACAGCUGUCCUCAGUGCAAACAGACCGUCAGUUCAAGACCUGCUUUAGCUGAAAACACCAUGCUGGCUGAAGUGGUGGAGAAACUGAAGAAGAGAAAACUUCCUGCUGACUGUUACGCUGGAGCUGGAGAUGUGCAGUGUGACGUCUGUACUGGAAGAAAACACAAAGCCGUCAAGUCCUGUUUGGGGUGUCUGGAGUCUUACUGUCAGAAUCACCUUGAACAACAUGAGAGUUUCUUUAAAAGACAGAGACACAAUCUGACUGAUGCCACUGGACGACUGCAGGAGAUGAUCUGCCAGAAACAUGACAAGAUCCUUGAGGUUUUCUGCCGCACUGACCAGAAGUGUAUAUGUGUGCUGUGUACGAUGGAUGAACAUAAAAACCACAACACUGUAUCAACUGCAGCACAGAGGACAGAGAAACAGCACCAGCUGAAGGAGACGCAGAGGUCGUUCCAGCAGAGGAUCCAGCAGAGAGAGAAAGAUCUUCAGCAGCUGAGAGAGGCUGUGGAGUCUCAUAAGAGCUCUGCACAGACAGCAGUGGAGGACAGUGAGAGGAUCUUCACUGAGCUCAUCCCCUCCAUUGAGAGAAGCCGGUCUGAGGCCACACAGCGGAUCAGAGAUCAGGAAAAGACUGCAGUGAGUCGAGCUGAAGGACGACUGGAGCGACUGGAGCAGGAGAUCAAUGAUCUGAGGAGGAGAGACGCUGAGCUGGAGCAGAUUUCACACACACAGGAUCACAUCCAUUUCCUGCAGAGUUUCCAGUCUCUCUCAGCUCCUCCUGAAUCUACAGAUGUAAAUGAUGAUCUCUUCAGUUCUCUCUCCUCUUUUGAUGGCAUGAGAGAAUCUGUCCGUCAGCUGAGAGACAAACUGGAGGAUUUCUGCAAAGAGGAGCUCAAGAAGAUCUCUGACAGAGUCACUUUCACCAACAUUGUUCCCAGAACCAGGAACGACUUCCUACAAUAUUCCCAUCAGCUCACUCUGGAUCUGAACACAGCACAUAAAUACCUCCGUCUGUCUGAGGAGAACAGAGUGAUUACUGUCACUGCCACACUCCAGCCGUAUCCUGAUCAUCCAGACAGAUUUGAUAUAUGUCAGGUGUUGUGUAGAGAGAGUGUGUGUGAUCGACGCUGUUACUGGGAGAUUGAGUGGAGUGGGUAUCAUGGUGUGUUUAUAUCAGUGUCAUAUAAGAGCAUCAGCAGGAAGGGACGGGGUAAUGAGUGUCGGUUUGGAUAUAAUGAUCAGUCCUGGAGUUUGUACUGCACUCCCUUCAGUUACUCAUUCAUGCACAAUAACAGAAAGACUAAACUACCUGUAGAGCCCAUCAGCAGUAGAAUAGGAGUGUAUGUUGAUCACAGUGCAGGAACUCUGUCCUUCUACAGCGUCUCUGGAGACAUAAUGAUCCUCGUCCACACAGUCCAGACCACAUUCACUCAACCGCUCUAUCUUGGGUUUAGAGUUAAUGUCGGAUCAUCAGUGAAACUGUGUUGAUGAAUCAGAAUAGACUGAAUAUACCGUUCUAAUAAAUUAAAAUAAUUAAAAAAAUGAAAGUCAUAAUAAAGUCAUUUAUUAUGAAGUGCCUAAAGUGCAGGGGAACAUAUAUUCAAAACACAUUAAGACACAAAUAGUUAAAUUAGAUAACCCAGAGUGAUCAAUAAAUAAAUUAAAGUUAAAGAAAUUAUUAAAAUAACGAAAGUAUAGCCAGAUUUGUCAACUUUGUCUUUUUAACUGCAGAGACAAUAAACACUAAACUGGAGUGGCAGUAUUUUUAGCUAAACAUUCACGGCAUCCAAAAAUCGAAUUAGAACCGGCUGAAAUGUUUUGAAAUCACUUGUACCCUACCUGACUGAGAGAGAAAAAUCCAGUCUUUCAUGCGAUCUGCCCGUGUCCGUUUGAGUCUUUUAAAAUAGUGCGCUAGUCAGUUCGUUUACGCUCGCCGGCAGAAGCGCGCCGCAGAGUUUGUUGCAUCUUAUGUUUCCAAUGCAUCCAAUUCUACACUUUAGACUUUCUUAUCCCAGACAUUGUUAAAGAUUUAAUCCCUGCCGCCAAGAUGCUACUCUGUUGGUCACGGAUCAUGGAAGUGAAACUUAAAUCUGUCACAGGGAUGGUUGGAUUUAUUCACGCACAUUAAAAAAAAAAUUUAUUAAAAGCUUCUUUCUUUUCACAUUUUUAUUUACAGCAUUAUCAUAAUAGUCUGUAUAUUAACCUAUUAGAAGAGAACCGGUACAUCUAUGUAAAAUCAGAUAUUGAGCGCCCCCAUAUCUCAUUUCAUAACACCUCUGCGAAGGUUCGACUGUGAGAUUGGUAGUCGAAUCAGGCUCCUCCUAUCGAAGCAUCGAAUCGUUGACUAUUCAGGGUCACCCCUAGUAAGAUCAGUGUGUGUUUGUGAGUCAUGAUGAGUGUAUCAGUGCUUUUCUCAAGAUCUGUUUGUGUUGAUGGAAAUCACAAUCAUUCAGUUCUUAUUGUAGUGUCACAUAAAUCAUUUUUUAUUAUUACUAUCAAAAUUACCUUUCAUUAAAAUGAAUCACACACAGGAUUCAUUAAAAAUGUUAUUCAAUAAAAUAAUUUGUCAUGUAAAAUUGAUAAAUGUCGGUUUUUUAAUAAAUGUAAAAUAUAUCAA